CGGGGCGUGGGAGGGGGCGGGGCGUGGGCGGGGGCGGGGCGGGUGCUUCUUCACUCGUAGCGGGGACCUCCUCCUUCAAGCCUCGCCGUCGUCUCCUCAGCGUCAACGCCAGAAGCGCUCGCCAUGAAUCCUCUCUACAGCCCAACAGCUCCAGGCGCUGUCUACAGCAACUCACAAGGCAUGGGAUACGCGGGCUAUGCCCCAGGCUAUGCGGCCUCUGCUGCAGGCUAUCCCCCAGGAGUGUUCCCUCCAGCUGGGGUCAACUUCCCGUCGGGCGUGUGCGCGUGUGCGUCGUGUGCCGCCGAAGGCUACGGCGCUGCCGCCGCCGCCGCUGCUGCUGCGGCGGCCGCCUCGGCCCAGUACAAGAUGCCGCUCGGCCAGGGCGGCGGCGGCGGCGGCGGCGGCGGCGGCGGCGGUGGCGGCGGGCUGCCCGCCUACCCGCCCGCGCCCAACCCUUACCAGGCCGGUGCCGGCGGACUCUACCCGAUGCGCGGAGCGGUGGCAGCCGCGCAGGGGCUCUACACGCAGAGCGCGUUCUACCCGCAGCCCGUGUACGCGUCGGCCCCGCCGCAGGUGAUCCACCACACCACGGUGGUGCAGCCCAACGGCGUCUCGGCCGCCCUCUACCCUCCACCACAGCCGCUGGGGCAUGGGCGGCACGCGCUGCCUCCCCUGGGCCUCAUCACCGGCACCAUGGCCAUGUCCGCCGGUUCGCGAAGGUUUGGAGAACAGACGUGGGAGGAGAGGAGUAGAGUUCAACAUUGGAUGUUGCUGCACUGCCCUCCGGUGCUCACAUCCCAUCAGCCCCAUAGCGCCUGUUAUGCAUGGUGCAUACCGGGCGCUGUGUUGACCACCCCCCAGGGGACCCCAGUUGGACCCCAGCAGCUGUCCACCUACAGGAGCGGAGGGAGCCCGGGUUACGGGUACCUGUCCACUCAGUGGUGAGGGCAGCAGCAGCAGCAGCAUCGCCACUCACACGCGCAUGCACGGCCAUCGCUACGAUGGCACAGCCGUAGGAGGGCAGCAGCGUGAUCAGCCUCGCCGCGGGGCCCCCCCCCACCACCCCCACCCCCCCACCACCCCCACGUGUAGCCCCCCUCCAUCUCCAACCCCCCCCCCCCCCCGUGGCGGUGUGGGUGGGUGGCGUGCGACCGUCACUUCCCGUUAGCAUUACGAACAAGAAACCACCACCACCGUCGCCACCACCGCCAUCGUCACCACCAUCACCACCGUCGCCACCGCCACCGUCGCCACCACCACCGCCACCACAGU